UCGACGACGAACGCUCAGUAGUAUCGUCGCUUCGGGUAGGACAGGACGCGAAUCUCUCGUGUUCCCUCGCGGUGUGCGGUGUUUGAUUAGAUUGCGUGAAGAGCAAGUGUGCUGUCUCGGUGACGGAUCUCAAUUUUCUUUUUUCACUGGAAAAACUAACAAAAAAGGGAUCAGAUUUUUUGUCCUGGCUCCAUCGAAACAGGUGAAAGCCAUCGCAGUAGACCAUCAAUCAAUCAAGCCGGACCGAACAGCAUUUCGGUGGCUCGUUGAAUUGGACGUUAGACCGAAAGGUGGCGUGUCGGUCUGUGUUUCAUAUGAAUGGAAGUGGAAUGGGACCUUACGACGGACCGCGCUCUCCAUAAGGCACCCCCUCCAAACUAAGCCGUCUCGUUUUAAUUCAAAGGGGGAAUAUGGACUUGCUCCAGUCAGGAUAAAGCGAAUCAUAUCGCUUUUGCAGUUAGUGAUACAUAUUGCAUGAGAUGUUGUAAAACACCAGAGGAAAAAAAACGGUGCUGGAUCAAAGCUUAGUUAUAGGCUGUUGCCAUCUGUCCGGACUUGUUACCCAAAAGGUCGUCCGAUAGGAGUGAACGUCCAUAGAACCUUGCAAAAAACGGACUGCAGAUUAGAGUGAAAUUGUCAAGGCUCGUGCCGGUGAGUUUUUUUUUCAACAACACUGUGUGAACUUGCUUCCGCUGCGGGACCAGAAAUCCAGCUGAAAACCAACAGAGUUUUUCGUAUGAGUGCGGUUAACCUCGAACCAACCUGCCUGCCUGCCUACCAACGCCGUGUCACCGCAAUCUACCGAGGAGUGGCAAAUUGCAAGGCCUGCUUUCUACUGGAGGGCAACUGUUGGAAAGCGAAACUGUGAAUAAAUCGAUGCGGUUACUCGUCUAGGACGCAAGUACCGUUUUUGCCGUCCCGGUUGUCGUUGGUUCGCAAAUUGGAAUAAUAAUCGGUUUUACAAGCCUGACACGGUACGGUUCAGUGCAUAGCUUCCUGAAGCCGGUGGAACAAUCUGGACAAUCGCCGGACCUCGUUGUUUGGCGAACAGUGAAUCGUCCAAAAUCGCAUUAUUAAUUUCCUAGGUGUUGAUUGAGCACGGCUGCGGACCCGUCUGCCACUCAAAGCGUAGGCGUUGAUUUCCCAUUAGAGGUGCACUAAUGAAGUUCAAUCGAGUGAAGUGAACAAUAGCAGCAGAGGGAGACAGAGAGACGGAGCGAAACAAUAAAAACCCAUUCGCGCGUACUUUCGUGCGGCCGGUGGCUAAGCUCCGAUGUGUGUUGCGGCCGUUUGACUCUAAUGGGUAAUUACUAGCCCUGGUGUGGAAGCACAAAUUGCAACAGAGCCGCAGAACAACGACAAAUUCGGAGAACUCGGGCAAUCGAGAGCAAACAGGCAGUUUGAGUGUGAACGCCACCAUUCGCAACGCUAUCGCACUCCGUCGUCACAUCAUGCGGUUGAGCUAAGCAGAAUCAGACUUGCUGUUGUGCCGGUUCGUGACACAAUUUUACCACCUUCCCCAGUAGCGCACUAAAAAACAUUGUCUCCUGGGUAGAAUCAUUCUUACUCAAGAGAAGAAAAAAUACAUCAACCUUCCCGUGUUACCCACCUACCGUACAAGACAAGCAUUCCAGAUACAUAGCUGCUGUGCUAUUCCCUUAUUCUGCCACUCUACAGGACCAGGAUCCAUCAGGCAGAUAUGUGAAUAUAUGUACCACAUUCCUGUUUCCACCUGUGAGCCAUCAGACCAAACGAGACCCGAGCGAAAGUAUGAAUUAUGAUAUGGGGAAAUAUUAAUAGCUCCAGUGGUCGUCUUCCCUACAUUCGACGAGCAGCAGCACAUUAAUCCUCUUGCCUGCCUGACUGCUACCCAUCACACCUGAAUCUCAGAGUUUUUGUACUGCUUUACACGAACGCGACCUGUUGUAAACGGAGUCAAGAAUCCAAAGGCAGUGCGCGCAGGAGGAAAGAAAAGCGAAAGCACACCUUUUAAGGAUAUUAAAGCUUACCGGGGUACAGCUUUACGUAACCGUUCCGUUGGAUCCGGGCCAGGAGAAGAUUCGCUCGCCGACGAAAAAAGACGGAAGAAAAUUUAAAUUACCCAACACCGUGUAAUGAUAAGUGAUUAUUAAGUGAGAGAUCUUAGAUAAAACGGUUUUUUGUGCUUUGGAUUUUCCACACGGGGUCGCAGCAGAAGACCGUUGGAGAGGUACGAGGUGAAAGAGCAGAAAGACACGCGGUUGAUAAAGGAAAAUAAAUUGCUUUUCACUGCUCCCAAGCUCCCUGUACGAUACUUACACAACUACCGCCAGAGUGAACUGACUACUAAUAUUGGCUAGCGGUAGUACAACAACUGGUAGAGUGAAGAAAAAUCGCGGCUUUUCAUCGCAUACGGUCUGUAUAAGUGCGCGUGGCUCCGACUCAGCAAGGAUAUCGUGGACGAACGAGCGAAAAAGAAGCUUUGAAUCAUUGGAACCAUCACGCUGGGAAGCCCGACGUAGGGAGUGGGAAAUAAAUUAAAAAUCAUAUUCACUGAUAAAUUACCUCUCGUGUGUAUAGUGUUAGGCUCGUAAGCGAAUGUGAGUGGUUGAGUAAGUGCAGUUCGAGUUAAAAGGAAGGAAAAUAAAUUCUACACCCAUUUAGAAGAAAGGCAACCGCGAUAAGGACUGCCGGCCCUUAGAGAGUGCAUCCAUUGCGAGGAUUUUAAAUUUAUUGAAGAAACAGACUGCUGUCAUCGGAGUGAGACGUGAGGUGUACCGCAAAUCUAGGUGAAAGUACAAAGCCACUCGCUACUACCGAGUUGAGACGGGAUUGCACAAACACGACUGGCUGACUAGCUGAAGUUACUGACGAUGACCAUCAUUGCCACCGCUGUUGGACGUCACCCAAAUAUCACAAACAACGUCCCACUAAACAACUGCCACCGCUGCUGUGUUGUACCCGUUUUUAAUUAAAACCUCUCGCAUCAUCCCGGGAGCACGAACGCAUCACCACCAGCCGCUUGGUUUUGGUUCGCUUACAAAUCACGCAGAAUGACGACAAGAUUACGACCGGCGGCAAGCAGCUGUCGGAUUAUCAUCUAUUCGACCACGCUGAUCCUGCUGGUCUUUCUUCGGCAAGUGUAUUCCUUCUGUCCGUCGAUAUGCACGUGCGAGAUGCAUCCAACAGCGCGCACGUGGUGCAUCGGAGCCGGUUUGGACGUGGUCCCGAUCCAGCUCAAUCCGGAUGUACGGUACAUCAAUCUGACAUCCAACCGGAUUACCAACGUUCACUUUACGUUGAGCUUCUACCACAGGCUGGAGGUGUUGGACAUCUCGUUCAACAAGAUAGAAGGUCUGGGGUCAAGGAACUUCGAAACUCAACAAAAUCUUCGGAUGCUAAAUAUGAGUGAUAACGCUAUCGUUGAUAUCCCGAAGGAUGCGUUCAAAGGUCUUGAUCGGUUGCAAGUGUUGAAACUAUGUAACAAUCGAAUAGAAACGAUCCAUCCAACUGCGUUCCACGAUCUACGAAAUCUGUUGGAACUUGAUUUCGCAAACAACGCUAUCAUAUCGCUGGAUCAUGGAACCCUGCGGCAUCUAUAUUCGCUGGAGUUGCUGUGCUUCCAAAACAAUCAAGUGCUCGAGGUACCCUACGACCAUAACCUCGAACAUCUGACCCGGCUGCAAUCGCUCGACCUGUCCGUAAAUCUGAUCGAGUUCAUUGCCAACGACAGCUUCGUGAACCUGCGGGAGCUGCGAAUGCUAAAACUAGGCGGCAAUGUCCUCAACGAACUAGAUUACGGUGCAUUCCAUGGCUUGAAUGCUUUGCGAGCCCUGGACCUCACGGAUAAUAAUUUUACAAUCGUGCCAUCACUGCAAUUAUCAAAGUUGUGUAAUCUGACAUAUUUAUCGCUGAGUGGCAACAAUUUCGACACGUUGCCCGCGGUCGCGUUUCUGAAUCUGUUCCAACUGCGGCAACUGCACCUGGACCGAUUGGACCGUCUGGAGCGGAUAGACGUUCGAGCUUUCGUUGACAACACCAACCUGCACACGUUGACAUUUGACGAUAAUCCAUCAUUCACGAGUCUGCCACUGCGGUUGUUCCAUGGCAACCCGCACCUGCUGGAAAUUUCCAUCCGCCGCAACGCCCUUGUCCGUCUGGAUGCGGUUCAAUUCCCACUGGAUCGACUUCACCGGCUACGGCUGGCGGGGAAUCCGCUCGUGUGCAACUGUUCGCUGCUGUGGUUGUGGCGGCUAGCAGCCGAGGGCGACCCUGAUGAUGAAUUCUUGCUAACUUCCGCUGCCCUCACCAGUGCCGGCUUCGCCAGUCCCAGCGAGGAGGAAGCCUCACCACAUCCCCUCGUUAUCGACAGGGAUGAACUGGGCUGUGAUCUGUACGAAGACGGUCGGAAAAUCCGACGGACACUGAGAACGAUGACCGAAUCGGACAUGAACUGUCCCACCCACGUGGUGACUGUGAUCAGUGCAGUGUUCAGUAUACUGCUGGUCUUGGCCACGGCUGCGAGCGUCCUGUACUUUUUCCACCUAUCCAAACGACGGAAAAAGCUGCUCCACGAGGAUAAGAAUGUAAAUGAUCUGAUUGUGCCACAAAAAGUAGAUAAGUUAGAAUUAGAGCGUUACCUGGCCCAGCAGAGUGCGGCCAGCGAAUAUAGACCGCUUCGAGGCGGUCCCUGGGAGGUCACUCCGAUGCUGAAGGACGACCAGUACCAGUAUGGAAACACGAUCCACGAACCGGAUCACUACGAGAGCUUCGAGUACUACGACUGUCAGAAACAAUCCAAAACGUACCACCAAAAGCCGCAAUUGCGACAGCCGCAGCAGUCGAAACGCACCCUUACGAGGCCGCACAUAGUGUAUGUAUGACUUUAGACCGGCCGCCGGAUCCGUAGCAGUAGUGGCAGCAGUAGGGAAAAUGUCAACAGCAACAGCUUGCGACCGCUGCUCGUUGAUAGCGCUGUUUGAGGUUAGGAUUUUUUUUUUUCGGGUUUCCUUUCUUUCGGGACGAUAUUGAUUCUCGUUCGCUAGAGGACUUAAAGGUAAGAAGAAAGGCAGGAAAUCACUGUGCAUAACAUGAAGAAUCCCCUUCCGAAAACAAAAAUGAAUGUAGGUAUAUGAUAGGAUGGUGUGUAGAUAGGCGGAGGCAUGUAGAUCACAAGAGAUUAAAUUGAGGAUGCAUUAUUAGCAGGAUAGGGAAUGCAUAAUGAAGACAGACAUAUUUACUGUGGAUGGGGUAUGAACACUUUCAAUACCCAUUAAGUAGGGAAAAUGUGAAGGAUUAUGAAUAACAAUGGCAAGUGGAAUAUUUAAUAUCAGUAUAAUCGACGUUUCAGAGCAGGACAUCAUAGAAAAAUCGAUCAUUUGAAUCUACACGGCCGAUGAGACUAACUCAGAGUGAGAGAUACUCACUUCUACUCAGCGCUC